GAAAAAGGUCCGUUGAGACCUUUGAACCUGGACGUGGUGCUGCAGACCCCCAUGUGGCCAGUCGAAAACCGCACGACCGCGCGGUCUUGGUACCUGGAGAGCCAUCAGCCGACCCCUUCUGGAUGGGGAGAAGCCAGUUUGGACCUGUUUUGACAUUAAACCAAUCUCUCUCAAGUCUUUCUUGGUUUUCAACACACUGGGACUGGGGGGGCCUUUGCAGUCCCACAGUAUCAACAGAUCUUCCCAAGAUGAUACCGACCUGUUGAAUCCACCGAGUCCCUGCAGCACUUGGCUCCAGCACUUGGGGAGUCCAUUCCGCGCACCGAGGGUGCGCAGCACAUUCCGCGCCGCACACCUGUCCUUCAAAAAAUGGGAGAUGACGAGGAGCGGCAGCCGCCGGGCGUGUAUACCCUGAUUGCCGACGGGGAGGAGAAGAAGACCUCCAUUGGCUUUACAGGAAAGGCGACAGCCAACUAUGCCAAUGGCGACAUUUACGAGGGCGAGUUCGCCAAUGGCAUCCGGCAUGGCUCGGGCGUCUACACGUACCUUAAAGGCGACGUGUUUACCGGGACCUUUGACAACAACCUGAAGACUGGCCUUGGCCGAGUCACGUACAAGAAGGGUGGCUACUUCCAUGGGCACUUUCAGGAUGGGGUGCGCAGCGGUGAGGGCACCUUCCAGUACGCCAAUGGUGAUAUCUACUCAGGCGAGUGGAAGAAUGGGAAGAAGCAUGGUCCGGGGACGUACGUCUUCAACAAGACCAAGUACGAGUACAAGGGAGAGUGGAAGGAUGGUCAAAUGAUGACCGGCACCUGGACCUUCACUGAUGGGACGCAAUACCGCGGAGGGUUUCAAGGGCAGAAGCCUUGUGGCGAUGCCACCUGGACCACUCGUCAAGGCACCAUCGUGGAGGGAUCCUAUGUGCAGCAGGUGGUUCCAGAGGACUCUGCUCCGCCGGCUCCGCCGGGAGAAGACCCCGUGGUGGUGACACGAUGCUUCUGGCACACCGCAGCGUUGGUGGGCAGCUGAGGAUUGCAGGUGUGCAGCCGCGCAGCCGCGUGGAUGUUUCACCCAUGCAGGAACUUUGCUGGAUGGCCCCGUUCGGCGGCCAGAAAA